AUGGCAGCAACCUCACCGCUGCCUCCUUCCACCCCGUCCCGGUCGAGUUUUCAAGCGCCUCACCUAUCGCCCAAUCGAAUACCGGCCGCCUUCGCCCCAGGGUCAUAUCAGUCAGGUCAUCUGAAUCUCGAUGUCUUUUCUCCAGUGGAUCAGAAUGGGAGUUUUUGUUUUGACCGGGUGAUCAAGCGUGGCCGAGUGAAUCGACGAAUAAAGAACAAAGGAGCUUGGAAACCGUCAUGGAAGCCAGCCUACCUCGUACUACGCCCAAACCUGCUGUCCGUUUACCAGGACGCCGACGAGACCGAUCUGAAAGCUUCAAUCACUCUCUCCGAGGUCAAUGCUGUGGCUCCGGUUAGGAAAGCGCAUACCGACAACGUCUUCGGGGUGUUUUCACCAUCAAAGAAUUAUCAUUUCCAAGGCAUGUCAGCCGCGGACACUGCAGAUUGGAUUACACAUAUUCGCAUAGAGGCUCGGACAGAGGAGGAAGACGAUUUCGACCUCCUCACACCCCAGUUCUCCCAGAGAUACGCAGAUACGUCACAUACAUACGAAUCGACCGAUCUGUCAGCAGAUGAAGUCGCCAUCGCCUCUGGGUCACCGGAGCGAACUCAAACAGCCAUUCGUUCCAGACCAAGAACAGGCUCUCAGUUAGCUCAGUCCCGGCAAAGGCGCGCCUCGACGCUCCAAGAGUACUCGGGAAAUGAGCAGUUCACGACGUCGCAUUCUGAUUUUUCAGAUGCCCUAGCAAGUUCCUUACCAAGAACGUCGGCGCUUUCGCUCCACAGACCGCCACUCCUGACGCCAAUUGCAUCAUCCCAGCAGCUCAAUGGACCAGGCGAUCCGAUGACUACUGUGCACAUGCCUCCUCCUGCCACGCCGCAGCGCGAUGCUACCAGUGACCCUGAGCGUGUCAUCCGACAUGGGUACUUGCAGGUCCUGAAGUCCUACAAGACGGGUGUCAAAGGUUGGAAAUGGAUCUGGCUUGUGCUCCGUCCUCGAAGUCUGGGCAUAUACAAGGAUGACCAGGAGUAUUCGGCGCUCAAAAUCUUCCCGAUGGACUCCAUAAUCAACGCGGCGGAGAUCGACCCACUCAGCAAAUCCAAGAAGUUUUGCUUCCAGAUCAUUAUGGAGGAUAAAUCGUACCGUUUCUGUGCAUCAAGCGAGGAUGAGCUGGCCAAAUGGUUGGGUGCCCUGAAAAGUGUUUUGACCCGGCGCCACGAGGCGGAGAAGGCCCUGACGAAAGGCAAGGAAAGGGGCAUCGUGGACGCUACUGCUGCACUGUCGCUGCGGUAG